UGUGAUCCAAAACUGUUUUCUGAAAAUGAAUGUCGAACACUAGAUAUUUAGGGUGUGAUAUAUUCGAAGCUGCCAUUAAUAUAAAGAUGGGCAAUAGUUCCGGACAUAUUCUAACGCAAUCAAUUAUAUAAAUAUCAGCGACAAUCUUCUUAGUAUUUGACGAAAUUGGAAAUGAAAUAACUUGUUUAUAGCACUUGUUAUAUCAAAGAUGUAAACGUUGACCUUGGUAUUAAUUAUUAAACACAUAAGCAUCAGUCAAAGGCAAACAUCCAUGGUAAAUCUGUCGCAACUACAUGGAUCGACAGACGAGAUUAGCACCGAUGACGAGCAAUAUGAAGCAACUUGAUUAUCUCGACAAAACCUUGGAUUACAUAAACAUCAUUAAAAUCAAUACCAGCGGUUUUAAGAAAAAUGAACAUAUUCAAAAUCAGGAUGAUUUAGAAAAUGCUGAGGGUAUUAUAGAUGAGAUCACUAACGGAAGAAAACGAAAGUCUUCAUUCAAAACAAAUGCUCCAAAUUCAAAAAUUGCUAGAACCGAUCCAAACUUAUCAAUACCGUCAGAAACUGUCAAAGCUACACAAGGACAUGGAUACAAGUUUAAACAGCUUUUCCUUCAAUCGCAAGUAAUGGAUAUGCUGAAGCAGAAACGGGUCAAUUUCGAAGUUCAUCUAUAUUUAGUUGAAAACCAUAUAAGUUCUAAAUUUUCUAAAGCCUUUUCAGAAAUUGUUACCAAGGAAUGUAAACAAAAGCUUCGUCAAGAUAAAGAGGUUACUAAAAGUUACAUGCUUUUUUUCUACAGAAAUGUAAAAAAGGGAAAGUUUUUUACACCUGAAAUAUACGCAUUAUCUACCGGUUUCGCAUGGCGAGUUGUAAAACCGUUUGCAGAGAUGAAUUUUGCCAAACAUGUUGAGAGGCGGGUUCUUAGUUUUCCGUGUACGAAGUUUCAUUAUGAUCUAAUAGAUGGGCAUAUAUCCUCGAUUUCAAAGUUGGCAAGACCUGGACGUGAAAUAACAUUUACAACAUGGGAUUUUCUUGGGAUAUUGGUAAAGAAUCGAACCAGACAAAUCCGUGACAACUCAUCUUUAUACUCGUCUAAAAUAGAUGCAUUCGUGACUAAAACAGGAAAACAUAUACCGACCAAAUUUCAAGUUGGUAAAAACAAGUUGAAAAUUCAGCGUAAGCUAAAGUUAUCUCAACUCGGACGUUUGCUUGAGCAUUUUUCCAAAAUAAUCUCAAACGAAAAGCCGACGUACUUGAUUAAUGAUAAGAAAGAAGAAGAAAAAGAUAACCCAUUGUUUCAAAUGUAUGAUUUUGUUUCACAAGUCACUAAAAAAGGGGUUCGCGAAAAUUUAAAUAAAAAACUGAACAAAACUCUUCAAGACAGUAUGGAUGGCAAAAAUUCAACAAUAUAUUUAAUGCAUAAGAAGAAAAGCGUAUGGUCAAAGGCAGAUGAGUUCAGUCUUCGAUGUUUGGAUAAAUCAGCUUCGGGAUCGAAAAAGAAACACUACAAAACAAUAAAGAAAUGGAAUGUCUUUCCAAAACUUGAUGAUGUCAUGCGCGCGUUAAAAAAAGAGUAUACACCAAAGUUUCAACCCGAAUGGUUAGACAAUGUCAUAAUUGAAUUUAGAAAUAUAAAGGCAGCCCUGAAGGAAUGCAUCUUCAGACGUUUUAUUGUAGGAGGCAUCGGAACGUAUAUAUAUAAUCAUGGAGAGUGGAUUGAGAUGAAAGCUGAAUACCUUUAUUGCAUUGAAAGGGACUUUGUUGAAAUAUUGAAGCAUCACUGCCAAAGUGAUCUACCUUUGCUUCUUCCAUGGAAACAUCUUUGCAAAAAAGGGGAGAAGAAAAAAGAUAAAAAGAAAGAUGAACAAAAGUUCCAAUUACAACAAUUCAAGACCGAAACAAUGGUACCAAAGUGGAAAAGUCAUUAUUAAAAAGUCUGCAAAGGUGAAAAUUUACAAGAACUCACAAAGCUUAUGGAAGACAAAACCGACCCAGUUUAUGACUUUGAACGGUUUCAAACGAUGAGUUCAUGCAAGAAAGCUGCGAGCCUGUACAAGCUUUUGGAGUGUAGACUUGAAGAAGACAGCUACAAUUCAGCCCAUACAUUACUGAACAUGAUCUUACCUGAUUCAUCUGACACGAAAAUAAUAACAUGUGAUAAAAAACUGGUGAAUGGUAUCGAGCUAUGCGACAUAAUGAUUUUCGACAAGAGUGCUAUAUACCUUGUUCACGUAAAAGCAAAAUUCAAUGGAGAAUCUAUUCGAGCGGUUUGCUCUCAGAUAAGAAAUGCUGCUGAUUACAUUUAUAGAGAGAUAACUCUAGGAAGAAGUACUGGUAUUUUCGAUCAGUACUGGAAGGAGCUCACCAAAGCUGCUGCUAAACCAACAACACACGGAAAUGAAGUGAAAAGUGUUUUGGAAAAUAUGACAAAGAAAACAUUCAAGGAAUAUUUCAAAGAGGGGCGGGAUAUCAUAUUUGUCCUCGCGUGUCGAGACACCAGGAAGAAUGCAGAAUUUAUUGAAUUUGGUGAUAAUUCUGGAUUAUUAAAAGUUCCUUUAGCAGAAGAGAUCCAGAAAAAGAUUAAAGAGAAUACAUCUGAAGUCAUCUCUAAAUUAACAAAAGAAAAGUUUCUUACUGAAGAUGGACAUUUAACAAACAAGUUUAUUUUAAAAGGAAAGAACACCAAAGAAGCAUUUAUAGAAAAAAUAAAACAAUGGAAAUGUAUUAAGAAUAAGAAAACGGCAAGAAAUGUGUCUAAAGUUCUUAUGUCCGGGCUUUCAAAAUCAAAAUCCACUAUCGCUAAAAUGGAUAUCAUUAGACUUCUAAAAGACUUCGAGCGUUACAACGUUGAUGAUCGCAAGCUACAGCUAAAAUUGCUUAGUAUCAAAAAGGAUUUUCCUUAAAUGAUCCGAACACAUCAGUGGUUUUCUUAGCAACUCAGAAAGUAAUUAACACAUUGCAAACGGAACUUACAACCUAGGAGAAAUAAGAUGAUAAAUACUGCAAAAUAAGUCAUUAACUGCGCAUAAUAUGUAAUUUAUUGCUUGAGUAUUUAAUAGUUUUACUUUUCUUGAAAUUUUAGUACAUGCACAAUUUUCUCAAGUAAAGUUUUCUUUAAAUAUUUUAGUUCAUCCCGUGGCUUGCAGCAUUCAGAAAGUACAAUACCCAGAGUUUAGAUAUUUUGUAUGCAGCACCCCCCUUUGGCCCUUUACGAAUCUUUUUUUUAAUUGUGUUCUUUUCUAGCAAUGUAAGGUGAGUGAUCCAGGUCCAUCAUGACCCUAUGUUUUAGUUUCCCCUUUUGGUCGAACUUGUAAAGUCCCUAUAUGAUUAAUUUUUAUACAGGGUCAUAAUAUGAUAAACAAUUAUUUAUAGUUAUACAGGCAAACUGUCUUAAACAUUGACAUGUGAAAGUAUUUAGAAUUGAUAUACAUGUAUUCAAUUAUCAUAAUUAUUUUCUUUAGAUAUAUUUGUAAAUUUGUUGUCUCGGAUAUACAUUAGUUACGCACUAUGGAGGAUAUGGCGUUGGAAGAGAAGGAGACUGUUAUUAUAUGGUUGGCAAAAAAUAUAAAAAAUAAGGACACAGAGAAGAAAAACAAUAGCUCUCGAUUUAAGACGUGAAACGAUAAUUCCACACAAAAACAUACAUUUAUCAUGGUAACUUACGCUUUGCAAUGUUUUAUAAUAUCCAAAUAUAACUAUAACUAUGUAGCUGGCACACAAUCAUAGAAAAUGAGGACUAGGGGGAGAAAAUAAAAAAGAUUUUCAUUUCUUGUUGACAUGCGUUAUUAUAAAUGUGACUGAAUUCAGGCCCAGCAACGUAAUACAAAAUAAAAUAAAGUAAUUAAUAAGCUAAUUAUCAUAAGAUGAAUAAAUAAAAUGGAGGCAAUAGAAAUAUUAUAGCUAUACAGAGCACAGUAGUGAAAUAUAGAGAAGUUGUCCUGUGGCCAUUACUGCUUGAAAGAAAAACCUUCGAAAUACAACAACACACGUUGAAAAUACGAUCUCAAACUCUUCAUAUCUAGUCGAGAGCUUAAUACAAUAUUGCUGAAGAUAACAGUUUAUCAUUUUCGUGUGUUACAAAUAGGAGAUCAGAAAAGAGAGCGAUGUACCUGUACAUAUUUCUUAAGCAUUAAAGACAGCUUUAAUUCUUAGAAGAUAUAGAGGAUAUUUGUUUGUUUGUGUGUAAGAUGAAAUUUUAUUUCAUCGAGUUGGCUUUAAAAACAGUAUUCUCACGAGUGGCGUAGCCACGAGUGAGAAUACUGUUUUUAAAGUUCACGAGAUGAAAUAAAAUUACAUCUUACAUAACAAACAGACAAAUUUUCUUUUUAUUUUAUGCUUAAAAACAAGUUAAAACGAAAUUUCCAUAAUUUUAACGUUAAUAUUAAAAUUUGUUUCCCCCAUUGAGAGCCCCAUUUAGACGGAAUUUC